AUGUUGGCGUGCAACGCGUGCUGGUGUUCGCUCGACAGCGGAUCAGCGUACAUAUCCCAGUGCGAUCACGUGUACUGUGAAAAGGACAUUCACAUGGCCCUGGAGCAGCGCCAAUGUCUCGUUUGUGCGACAAAGAUGGAGGAGAGAGAUAUUCGCGUCUCGGAAGUGCAACCAGACCUCUCGGAGCUUCAACGCAAGCUUGCUGGCUACUCCCCGAACGACAUGCUGACGGCUGUUGCUCACGGAAUCAAAUUUUGGGACGAUCAACUCGAGCUUAGAUACAGAACUGAAGUUGAGAAGUCUUUCACAAGUGCGCAGAGGAACGCUGAAAUGUACAAGCGGAAACUACAGGACGUGCAUGGCGCGUACAAGAAGGCUAAAGCGAAACAAGAUGAGCUCUGGAACCAGCUGAAAGAGCGCGAGAACGAAAUUCAAGAGUUACAAAGCCGUUAUGAAGAAAAAAGCCGACAGAAGCAGCAUUUAGAAGGUGGUUCAACUGGACACAGACCUAGUCUUGGGGGAGUGAGAACUGUGAACUUCCAGGGUCACACGGCGCCUAUGAUGCCGCAGUCUGGGGGGCGAAUCGACACUCGCCUUCGAGCGGAGCCAGAGAAUUGGAUGAAGCAGCAAAAUCCCUUGCUAGGCAAAUCCCGGCAAAGCUCAGACCUGCGUCACGAGGGUGUGCCGAAUCGCGCUCCAAGCAUCACUCGAAGCUUUGAUAGUGGCUUGACGCCGCCCACGGCUUCACGAGAAUCGCGCGAGCGAGCAUUUCGCCCCCUUUCGCCUUACACUCGUCAAGCGUCCGAUUUACCUCAGCAUCCCGGACGCGACCCUGGUUUGUUUUCAAAGCGGCGUGUUUUCUGA